GUAAUCUUAGUGAAAAAUUACUUAAAACCCAACAUAAACUUGGGGAAAGUGUUGUGGAAAAGUGUAUAUUGACUGUAUAUAUGCUCAUAUUCCUGAAAAUCUUCGUCAAUUGCCAUGGUGCGAAUGAACGUAUUGGCUGAUGCCUUAAAAUGCAUUAACAACGCCGAGAAGCGUGGCAAGCGCCAGGUUCUCUUGCGUCCCUGCUCCAAAGUGAUUGUCAAAUUCCUCACCGUCAUGAUGAAGCACGGCUACAUUGGCGAAUUCGAAAUUGUCGAUGAUCAUCGUUCCGGCAAAAUUGUGGUAAACUUGACCGGUCGUUUGAACAAAUGCGGUGUCAUUUCACCUCGUUUCGAUGUACCCAUCAACGAUAUUGAGAAGUGGACCAACAACUUGCUGCCUUCUCGUCAAUUUGGUUACGUUGUGUUGACUACCUCCGGAGGCAUUAUGGAUCAUGAGGAGGCCAGACGGAAACAUUUGGGAGGCAAAAUGCUAGGAUUCUUCUUCUAAGCUGGGCAACUGGGUAUUUACACUUUUGUUAGUGUAUUGAAGCUAUUGCAGCUGGCAAGAGCAACAUGUUUAUAUUAAAAAAAAUAUAAAAAUAUAAAAGCCUCUAAAAGUAA